CAAGAUUUUCCUUGUACAUUGAACAUCGUUGUUUGGGGGUGUGGAUCGAACGCAGCAUUGUUUUUGCUCGACGUCGUAUUGAACGAAAAUGGCACCUAAAAAGCGUACACAAGAAGCUGCAGAAGAAGUGAAACUUGGUCCGGCACUUCGCGAAGGUGAGCACCUAUUUGGUGUUGCUCACAUUUAUGCUUCUUUCAACGAUACGUUCAUUCACGUAACAGAUCUUUCUGGUCGUGAGACCAUUGUACGUAGAACGGGAGGAAUGGAAGUAAAAGCAGAUCGAGAUGAGUCUUCCCCAUAUGCUGCGAUGACUGCUGCACAAAAGGUCGCGGAAAGAUGCAAAGAAGUAGGUAUUACUGCACUUCACAUUAAAGUACGAGCAACCGGAGGCAAGUUGAGUAAAACACCAGGACCUGGUGCUCAGUCUGCGAUGAGAGCUUUGGCUCGUUCUGGUUUGAAGAUUGGCCGUAUUGAAGAUGUGACACCCAUUCCAACCGAUGGAACCAGAAGAAAGGGUGGUAAACGUGGUAGAAGACUAUAGAAGUGGAUAUUUUUGGAUCACAAUAAAGUUGAUUUUCAUAUA